UGUUGCGAGCCGAGCGGGUUCCGGGACUGCCUCGCCGGGGGUGUGGGCUGUGCGGGUUAGGAUACCAGCUGGGAGUCCGCCUUCCGCGGCGUCCUCGGAUCCGUUGGCAUGAAUCCUGUGCUCGUGGUCCACGGUGGCGCAAUCGACCUUGUCGACAAGGACCGGACAGAGCAGGUGCGCCAGGGCAUUGUCAGAGCCGCCACCGUUGGUUACAACAUCCUCAAGGGGGGAGGGAGCGCACUUGACGCGGUGGAAGGAGCCGUGACCGUCCUGGAAGAUGAUCCGGAGUUCAACGCGGGUUGUGGAUCUGUGUUGAACAUAAAUGGUGAAGUUGAAAUGGAUGCUAGUAUCAUGAAUGGAAAAGACCUGUCUGCAGGAGCCGUGUCUGCAGUCCGCUGUGUAGCAAAUCCCAUUAAACUUGCGCGGCUCGUUAUGGAAAAGACACCGCAUUGCUUUCUCACUGACCAAGGGGCAGCAAAGUUUGCAGCAGCCAUGGGGAUUCCAGAGGUUCCUGGAAAGCAGCUGGUAACAGAGAGAAACAUAAAACUCCUAGAAAAGGAGAAGCAUGAGAAAGAUGCUCAGAAAUUAGACUCUCACAAAAACUUGGGAACUGUGGGUGCUGUGGCCUUGGACUGCAAAGGAGACGUGGCUUAUGCGACCUCUACAGGGGGCAUCGUUAAUAAAAUGGCUGGCCGAGUAGGGGACACACCAUGUAUAGGAUCUGGAGGUUAUGCUGACAAUGACAUUGGAGCCAUUUCAACGACGGGGCAUGGGGAAAGCAUCAUGAAGGUGAAUCUGGCCAGACUUGCUCUCUUCCACGUAGAACAAGGAAAGACAUUAGAAGAGGCUGCUGACAUUUCCUUGGGUUAUAUGAAGUCAAGGCUCAAAGGUUUGGGUGGCGUCAUCUUAGUCAGCAAAGCAGGAGACUGGGCAGUAAAGUGGACCUCUGCAUCCAUGCCCUGGGCGGCCGUCAAGGAUGGCAAGCUGCACUGCGGAAUUGAUCUUGACGACACCUGUAUCACUGACCUGCCCUAAGCCCCUGGAAGAUUGUAUUCUAGAUGCUAGCUUGGAGGUAAAGUAUAGUUGCCUGGUGCGGAGACGUAGCUUAAUCAAUUAGAUCUAGAAAUGGAAAAAUUCUGCAGUCUGUCACUCCUUUUGUUGCCUUGAUCAAUAAGUAUAUGUGGAAGAUAAACAAACGCAUGGAUAAGGAGAAUAGAUUGGUGGUUGCCGGAGGAGAAGGGGGUGGGGGGAGGGCGAAAGGGGUAAAGGGGCGCAUAUGUAUGGUGAUGGAUAAAUACUGGACUGUUGGUGGUGAACAUGAUGCAGUUUAUACAGAAACUGAAAUAUAAUGAUGUACCCCUGAAAUUUACAUAAUGUUGUAAGCCAGUAUGACCCCAAUAAAAUAAAAUUAAACAAAAAUAAGUAU